UCCCGGAGGCGGGCGCGGUGCACACUGCUGUUACGCGCGGAGUGGUGCACGUGGCUCCGGGAUCUCUGCCCCGGGUUCCCUCAGCUCCUUUCCCUCCCGCGAUCCGGGGACCCUCCCCCGGCCCCUUUUGUGUCCGCCCACCCCUGGCGCGAGUGAGAAGGGUCCGCACAGUUCCCCCGCGCUCAGUGGACCAACUUGGAGCCGCAACUUUGUUGGUGGAGCCGAGCCGGGUUGAACGGAGCACUGCGCAUGCGGAGCUCCAAAUUCAAACAGCUGUUUCCAGGGGCUGGAGGGCGGGUGGGACUGGGAGUCGCUGGGGCUAGGGGAGGCUUUCUCCAGGAGGCGGCCUCUCGGGAGCCAUGGUGGACCGGGGCCCUCUGCUUACCUCGGCCAUUAUCUUCUACCUGGCCAUCGGGGCGGCGAUCUUCGAGGUACUAGAGGAGCCGCAUUGGAAAGAGGCCAAGACAAACUACUAUACCCAGAAAGUGCAUCUGCUCAAGGAGUUCCCGUGCCUGGGCCAGGAUGGUCUGGACAAGAUCCUGCAGAUAGUAUCUGAUGCUGCAGGACAGGGUGUGGCCAUCACAGGGAACCAGACCUUCAACAACUGGAACUGGCCCAACGCAAUGAUUUUUGCAGCCACAGUCAUCACCACCAUCGGUUACGGCAACGUGGCCCCCAAGACUCCCGCCGGACGCCUCUUCUGUGUCUUCUAUGGCCUCUUUGGGGUGCCGCUCUGUCUGACGUGGAUCAGUGCCCUGGGCAAGUUCUUCGGGGGACGUGCCAAGAGGUUGGGCCAGUUCCUCACCAAGAGAGGCGUGAGCCUGCGCAAGGCGCAGAUCACAUGCACAGCCAUCUUCAUCCUGUGGGGAGUGCUGGUCCACCUGGUGAUCCCGCCCUUCGUGUUCAUGGUGACGGAGGAGUGGGACUACAUCGAGGGCCUCUACUACUCCUUCAUCACCAUCUCCACCAUCGGCUUUGGCGACUUUGUGGCCGGUGUGAACCCCAGCGCCAACUACCACGCCCUGUACCGCUACUUCGUGGAGCUCUGGAUCUACCUGGGACUGGCCUGGCUGUCACUGUUUGUCAACUGGAAGGUGAGCAUGUUUGUGGAGGUGCAUAAGGCCAUUAAGAAGCGGCGGCGGCGGCGAAAAGAGUCCUUCGAGAGCUCCCCACACUCCAGGAAGGCCCUGCAGGUGGCGAGCGGUGCGGCGUCCAAGGACGUCAACAUCUUCAGCUUCCUGUCCAAAAAGGAGGAGACUUACAACGACCUCAUCAAGCAGAUUGGGAAGAAGGCCAUGAAGACAGGUGGCGGUGGGGAGCGGGGCCCGGGGCCGGGGCCCCCCAGGGGUGGGCUGCCAGCCCUGCCUGCCUCCCUAACCCCCUUGGUGGUCUACUCCAAGAGCCAAGUGCCCAGCUUGGAAGAGGUGUCCCAGACGCUGCGGAGCAAAGGACACGUGUCGCGGCCCAGUGGAGAGGAGGCCAGGGCUGGACCCCCUGAGGAGGGCUCCCCCACCUCCGAGGUGUUCAUUAACCAGCUGGACCGCAUCAGCGAGGAGGGCGAGCCAUGGGAUGCCCAGGACUACCACCCACUGAUCUUCCAGAAUGCCGACAUCACUUUUGCGAAUGAGGAGGCUGGCCUGUUGGACGAGGACACCUCCAAGUCCUCACUGGAGGACAACCUGGCCAGCGAGGAGAGGCCCCAGGAGGGGGCCACAGCCGAGGCGCCCCUGAACCUGGGCGAGUUCCCCUCCUCGGACGAGUCCACCUUCACCAGCACAGAGUCGGAGCUCUCCGUGCCUUACGAACAGCUGAUGAACGAAUACAAUAAGGCAAAGUGCCCCGAAGGCACGUGAGGUGGGGCCGGCUCCCCACCCCGCUUCCAAGGCUUCUAUUCUCAACCUAGGGCAUCCUGCCAUGGCUGGGACCCUGGCCCCUGGUGGGGGGCGCAGCCCUGGAACUGGGAGUGGGGGGCCAGGGGCCGCCCUCACCUUCAUCCCCUGCAGCUAGAUGCCACAGGUCAGACACGGCGCCCAGGACAGGCCUCUGUUCCCCAGCAGAAUGGGUGCCCCGGUAGCGGGAGGCAUCCGUCCCGAGCGUGGCUGACAUAUCUGAUGGUUCACAGACACGUGGGCUGGCAGGGCCGCUCCCAGCAAGGCCUGCAUCCGCGGGGGUCAUCGUCCUAUCGUUCGGUUAAGACUGUCACACGGCUCUCUUGGGUCGGGGGCCUUGGCCAUGUGAAUUCACCAGUAUUAACGGGCUCCUGUGUGCCUGGCACUGAGACAGGCAUUUCAGAGAGAGAGUGAGAGUGGUGUGAGAACCUGGGGUGGGGGGCUGGGCACUUUAGCACCUCGGGGCCCUGCCUGGGGUUCAUGUUUAACCGUCCCCCAGUCCCACCUCGUCCGCCUGGCUGGCACCCCCUGCUGCAAACCUCAGGAGGGAAGAGUCUUUCUAGGGAAGGGGGUGGGGAGCUAACAAGGCAGAUGCUGAAACACUCCUGAUAAUGGCAAGUCCCAAGCAUGGCCCACGGUCCCACUUGUGGACUUAGUGGGAUGGAGCCCAGCCCAGCGCCCCGUUCCCUCAGUCACCCUUCGGCCAAGCAACAGCAGGCAGCUGAAAGCAGCGAAAGAGAGGCUGGGGCUCCAGGAGUUGCAGAACUGGGCUUAUUCUGCCCCGGCUCUUGCCCCGCCGGCUCCUCAUUCCCUGUUCCCUGAGAAGAAGGGCCUCGCCUCUCCCCGGAUCGCUCUUGGCUCGCAAGUGGGGAAUGGCUAGAUAUGUGAAUCCAGCUCCUCCCUCCAGCUGCUGUGUGUGUAUGCAUGCAUGUGCGUGCAUGUGUGUGUGAGAGAAAGAAAAGGAUUUGCGAUGGGGGGAGCAAAAAGAUAAUGUGAAACUGUAUACAGACUGUUUUUGGUGAGGGACUGGCAGCAUUCUUGGAUUCUCCGAGAUAUGCACCCUAGGGCCAGCCGCCUCUGCCCUGCAUGUUUCAUUUUGUUCUUUUGUUAAAUGAACUGCUGUUUUUUUAAUACCUGACAUCUCUUGUUGGCUUCAGAACCAGAGCAGGGAGGAAAGGUGAAAGAGUGGGGUCCCAAGGAUCGGGAUGUCUGGUGUUCGCUCUCCUACCCCUUAACCCAAUCGGACCUUUCUCGGUGACCUCAGCCAAGGUCAUGGUGUCAGAAUAGGGAGAGGGCAUCGGUCGCAGGCGACUGCAUGCUGGGUGUCACCUGAACACCCCCUCUGCCCCUCAGGCCCCUCUCCAGUGGUGUGGGGCCAGAGAGGGCCGGAACCCCGCCCACCCGCAGCAGUGAAGGUGAUGGGCGUGGGUAUCCACACCCCACUCGGCCCCUCACCCAGGGGUGUGCUGGCCUGGCAUUGGGGUGGGAAGGAGCGGCCUUCUGUCUUUCUGUGAAAUGUUUUAACGAGUUCGUCUUAGUGUCCUGACCCCACUUGGCUGGGGUGUCACUGGCUGUCCUGGAAUCACACACACUGUAUGUACAUACUGGAAAUGAUGUAAAAUGUAAUUUAUUUUAACAUUUUUACAAUAAAAUGUGAGAUGGACAA